UCAUCGUUUGCUUUCAUGGGAUCAUUAGGACAACUAUUAUCCACGGAACAUCGAACAAACGCAGCCUCGGAACGAGUAAACGAUUUAUGGUGUUAUCAAUGCGACACGAUGGAAGAUGGAGAGAGAUGUUCCAAUCUCACCGGAAAUUACACCGUUUUCAAGCACAAAUGCACUGGUGACAAAAGAACUUGCAUGGUAAAACGAUUUUCCUACACGACUAGCACGGAAAAUUCAACCUCCAGCCCGCAAACUUGGUACAUGGAAAGAAAUUGCACCAGCAAAUGCGACCCCGGAUGCAUAAUAAUCGGCGAACGUACGAAGCUGUACGCUUGCACCGCUUGUUGCGAGCAAUCGUUUUGCAACGUCGGUACCGGCGCCGCCAGUAACUUAUUGAUGAAAGGAAUCGAUCUCUGUCUAGCUCUGAUAUUACAAAUUACAUUGACCGUCAUCAUGUAUCCAUCGUGACACUGCGAAUGAAAUUCCACUCCUUUCCACUAUGUAAAUAAACUUCAGAUCGCCAUUAAACGCUGAACCACGUUAACUAGAAAAAAUAUCGCGCGAUCGUUCAUAUUUCUUAUUCUAACAUCACGUUGAAUUUGAAUUUAUUGUAUUCUGUUAGGUUUGUGCAUAUGAAGUGUGAAUAUACAAUGUGUGAAUUUGUGAUACGAUGAAUUUGUUGUACGAUAUGUAGUUAAAUUUGCUCCAUUGGCUAUUGUUUAUAUGAAGAUAUAAAUAUAGCAUUAGGAGAAGGUUAUUAUACAGAGUGUCCCAAAAAUGUUGGCGGUCUUUGAAAUAAAAUAUUGAUUUUCUCGCAAAUAUUCAUUUCUCGAUUUCAACCAAUUCAUGUAAGUCCAAUAUCAUUAUAAUAUGUUAGUUAGUUCUAAAACGAUACUAAAUAAUACGAGGAUCUGUGAAUCGUGAUUUGAAACAACUUUUUCCUUAGCGAAAAUGUUGUCCGAAGCUUCGUUAAGGAGAUAUUAAGAGAAAACCCCGGACUAAUCAGAGGUCGCGGUAGGCGUGGACUACGCGCUAGGCGACCGCCCUCUGCGGUACACGCGCGCUCUGAUUGGUCCGGGGUUCUCUGUUAAUAUCUCCGUAACGAAGCCUCGGACGUCAUUUUCGCUAAGGAAAAAGUUGUUUUAAAUCACAUUCCAAACCACCUUCUUCAAGGAACUCCAACAUUUUUGGGGCACCCUGUAUAUCAAAACAGUCCAAAGCUUGCAAGAGUAAAACUAGUGAUUUGUCCUUAGAAUAUAAAUUAAGGAAAAAAAUUCCAUUCACAAUGAUGUUCGGAGAAAUAUUAUUGCAAAGAAUCUAAAACAAACAUCAAGAAUAGCGUUUUAAUUAUUGUAAGAGUAAUUGCUUGUCACUUAAAUAGAACGAGCAAAGAAACUGAGAAAUUAAUCAGACGAAGCAUAAAAUUUGAAACAAAUGAAAUAGACACCUCUCUACUUCGGAGAAACAAGCAAGAUUUAUUUCGUAAACGAUUGUUACUAUAAUUACAUAAAAAAUACAGAACAAAGCAUUUGCAAAAUCUACUGCUUCACCCAAAGAAGAUAAUGACUGUUCGGAUGUCAUUCCAGGAACUUAUGCAUCAUCAUUCUCCUCCUCCUCCAUCUGAAUGUACAAUUAAAGCAAACUCGUAUUGUAAAUAAAUAAAUAAAGGAAAUGCAUUUAAAUUAAUUAAAAGACGAUUCACUUCAAAAGUAACGAUUAAACGAUGUUAAGCGUUAGAUCAAAAAAAUUUGCCAUAACUUUACCAUAACUUUACUAAAAACUGGCGCUAUAUUUUUAAG